CGACGCAGAGGCGAGCCUUGAAUACGAAGGCCGACAGAGGCUUUGAGGGAUCGUAUCUGUCAAGCUAUAACGAGAGCUAUCUAGUCUACCGAUUAUAGUCCAUCAUAGCGACACGACACCAUCCUACUGCUGGCCCAUCAACGACUACGACCAAGAUGUUCAGAUCUCCAGCGACUCCCGCACUCAAGACGGUACGUGGCUUCCACAGCACCCCGGCUGCAUCCGACGAUGAGGAUUCCGACUGCUGUCUCUCGCCCGACCCUCGCAAGGGAUUGGCAACCAAGAGCAGCAGAAGUACGCUCAUGGUGGACGAUGUUGUCAGUGCCAAUUGCAGCCCGUCUUUGAGGCCCGUUGUCUCGCCUGCCAUGAGCGGAAUCAGCAUGCUACGGAUGCACCAGGAUAUUCAGGCCCUCAGCCUCGACACUGCUGCCUCUUCACGUGCUAGUUCCAUGACGUCGAAGCUUGGUCGCCGUGUUCUUUCUGGCGGCCCGGCCCGCCAAACCGGCUACAAGCGCAGCAACAGCAGCGGCACCAGUUCUGGGGAUGAGACAGCAUCCGUGGCCACCGAGAGCUACGAAAUCAACCUGGAGCACGAUUUUGCCGUCGAUGGGAACCUCAGCACUACAAUUGAUUCAACCGAAGCCGUGGAGAUUGGCUCUGACGGUGGCGUUGCCCGCUCGCAGAAGAUGACUGCGGAUGACUUUGAGCCCCUGCGAUGCCUGGGCAAGGGAACGUAUGGUACCGUUCUACUGGUAAAGCAACGUACCACUGGCCGUCUCUUUGCGCAGAAGCAGUUCAAGAAAGCAUCUCUCGUCGUGCACAAGAAGCUGGUUGAGCAGACCAAGACGGAACGCCAGAUUCUGGAAAGCGUCAAUCGCCACCCUUUUGUGGUUAAGCUCUUCUACGCCUUUCAGGAUCAGGAAAAGUUGUAUCUCAUUCUUGAAUACGGCCAAGGCGGUGAGCUCUUCACCCACCUGAACACCGAAAAGAUGUUCUCGGAGUCGACGGCAGCCUUUUACAUGGCGGAGAUGGUUCUUGCCCUGUCCCAUCUUCAUACCACCUUGGGGGUCGUCUAUCGAGACCUCAAGCCCGAGAACUGCCUUCUCGACUCCGAGGGCCACCUUCUUUUGACCGACUUUGGCCUUUCCAAGGUGGCGAUUGAGUCUGAGGAGUGCAACUCGAUGCUUGGUACCGUGGAAUACAUGGCUCCCGAGGUUAUCCAGGGCAAGAAAUACGGCCGCUCGGUUGAUUGGUGGUCUCUCGGUGCCCUUGGCUUCGACCUGAUGACGGGCAAUCCUCCGUUCCGUGGAGGGAACAAUGCCAAGAUCCAGGAGAAUAUUGUCAAGCAGAAGCUCAUCAUGCCCUACUUCCUGACUGCGGAGGCCAAGGACCUGCUGACGCGGUUGCUGCGCAAGGAUCCCGCCAAGCGUUUAGGCUCAAACAUGCCCAAGGAUUUAGACACCAUCAAGAAGCACCGGUUCUUCCGCAAGAUCGACUGGAAGAAGCUUGCGGCUCGUGAACUCGAGCCUCCUAUCCAGCCCAUGAUUACGGAUCCAGAGCUUGCGGAGAACUUUGCGCCCGAGUUCACAGAGCUGAGCCUCAGUCCAGUUGUCAGUCGCUUCGAGGAGCGAUAUGCGGCUGCCGCUGCCAAGGAUGAUCUCUUUGGAGGAUUCAGCUUUGUUGCAUCGAACAGUCUCUUGGAUGGUGAUGGCUUUGGAAUGCGUGUCGGGACCAACAUGCUCUAAACUUGGCGGUGAGAGUGAGCCAAAAGGAGGACACUGAAGAUCAUUCUCAUUCUGUUGUUUUGACUGGGUUUGGGGGAGUUAAGGACAAUACAGGAAAAGUGCUAUUCAGCUGGUGCGCCAUGAUUUAUGGCAAAGGCACCAGCGCAGCGUGAAUAAUGAUAAGGGUAACGGACCAAAGCAAUA